AUGUCACUACUUGGCAUUGUUCAUCAAGGUCUCGCGUUGCUAUUCAGAAACCCAAAUGAGACGCGGGAAGCUCGCGAUUUAGGCUUCUGUCCCCAGGGCCUCACUUCUCUCGAGGGGAGGAGCAGUAACGUCUUCCUCAACGCGUUCCGACCCGUCGCGUUCACGCGUCACGAGACUUCAAUCGGACCGUUGCGCCGGCCUUCGAUCUGCACCGGCUUCACGAUGCCAACCUUCUUGCAAAUGGCCAAGGUGAGGGAUGGCAAUCCUGUUGAGGAGAACCUGGCUACCAAAUGCAUUGAAAGCAGAUCGCCUGAGCCCUCUGAGUCUGAUUUCUCGGAGACCUCAAGCAUUGAGAUGUCGCGAAGAAGUUCUCCAAUCCCAGGAUGGGGAUCUGAGAAUUUCCUGGAUCCUCUUGAAGAACUUCCCCCUCGCCCCUCUCGACCACUUUUCGGCCAGAGAAUUUCAACCACCAUCGAGGACGACUUGCUGGACUCUUCACUACAGUUCCAGCGGCCUAUUGGUUUUCAGUCUGAGUACGAGUUUGGCGCCUUGAAGCAAAAUUGUGAACCUCGUAAUGGAGAAGAUGACAACGACUCGAUCGUCACAGCUGUCCGAGAUGGUGAUGGUCUUCUGGAACCCACUCCACUCCGUGCCCCUGGAAAGUCACAUCCCAACCGUGCCAGGCUAUACGGCGCCUCUUCCAUAUUUACUGAAGCUCAGAGUGAGCACCAAAGGUCUAAUCUUAUCACGGAGAUGGUCGGAGAGAUUGAUGAAAUUCUGGGCACCUUUGGAUGCCAUAACUCUCACGAAGUACUCGCUGAAGACUAUCGUGCGAGUGAUUCUUUCAUCGCAUCCGAAGAGCCUAUGCCCCUACGGAUCCCCGCGAAGAAGAGGGACGUUCACACAGGCCAUCCUGUUUAUUACAGCACCGAGGCAAAUCCCUUGUCCACUAUUGACGAGAGAGACAAUGAUCAAGAAGAAGAGUUCUUCCAUCGAUCGGCUUUGCCUUCGCCCCUUCAUCUGACAAAGAACAACGGCUUUCUUCACGCCUCUGCGGUACCCGCACCUCUACGCAUCAUCAAGCAAUCCUACAUCGAUGCUGGACACGAAUUGAAGGGUCAAAGCACUCUGCGAGCUCACAACAAUAAAAAGCCGGCUGGGCCCAGAAGUAUAGAACACGCCAGAAGACAAACCAGCUUCCUACCAGAUUCGCCCAUAGAAGCUCCAGUCCUUGGCCCCUUGUUCGACGAAAGCUCAUUUGGCACCCCUUUGGUUCCCUUCGUACCCCAUGGCUCGCCUCGUCGGCUCUUGUUUCCCUCGCCCGAUUCGAUAUCCUACCUCAAUCAUGAGCCUACCCAGCGAGUCGAACUCGACGCUAAUGAUAUCGCCACGGUGAUAGAGGCCCCCACCGGCCCAGCUGGCGCAACGGAGUGGGACGAAGAGGACUCCAUUGACUUCCUGCUCGACCCCAUCGAGAAUGCGCCGCCUCCCGUGCCGACUCACGCGCCGAUUCGUCCGCACCGGGACCCCAUACUCAUCCAUGGCGCUGUUCUCACCUGGCUGAGGAAUUCGCAGUAUACCAGCAUUCCUCAAAGUGCCCGCAGCCAUGGCGGAUUCGAUGCCCCUCGUCCCCGUCGUGUUCGAGACACCGAUGCCAGUAGCAAUGACGAAGUUCAUACCCCUUGUCCCCUUCGUUUUCGAGACGUCGAUGCCAGAACAGGCGCUCUACUCUACCCAAUUGUGCAGCCUUCCAGCGAGUCCGCGUACGAUGAAGAUGAAUUCCAGAAUGCCAUGACCGCUCAGAUUGAAGCUCGGGCAACUGACUUAGAUGAGCAGCUACGGCUCCGAGAGCCGGUCUACCCUAGCAGAAUUCUUCUAUGGCCUCUGCACCAUCCUUGCGUAGAAAGUGAGGGCGAGAAUGCCUCCUCAGACGCCGAAUGUAGCCAGCCGACUCCAAGAUCACCCACCACUGAAAAGCGAUCUGAGAGCCCCUAUUUUCUGUGA